AUGGCUGUGGAUGCAUCUAACAUCAUAUCCAUCCUCAGUCCAGAUUCUCAGUCUGGCAUGAGGCAGCUAAGAGUUAUCAAACCCCAGUGGAUUUUAAGGACGCACGGCCCCGGCGCCACCGGCCAGGCGGCCGCCAACUGGACGGCGGGCUUCGGCCGCGGGCCCACGCCGCCCGCGCUAGUGGGCAUCCGGCCCGCUGGGCCGGGCCGUGGCGCGCGCCGCCUGCUCGUGCUGGAGGAGUUCAAGACGGAGAAGCGGCUGUGCAAGAUGUUUUACGCCGUCACGCUGCUCUUCCUGCUCCUCUGGGGGCCCUACGUCGUGGCCAGUUACCUGCGGGUAUUGGUGCGGCCCGGCGCCGUCCCCCAGGCCUACCUGACGGCCUCCGUAUGGCUGACCUUCGCGCAGGCUGGCAUCAACCCCGUCGUGUGCUUCCUCUUCAACAGGGAGCUGAGGGACUGCUUCAGGGCCCAGUUCCCGUGCUGCCAGAGCCCCCAGACCACCCAGGCGACCCUCCCCUGCGACUUGAAAGGCAUUGGUUUAUGAAGGACUCUCCUGCCACAGUCCCUGCCCCAAACCCAGCCUUUCCCUUUGGCUUGGACAACGUCGUUUGUCCCCACUACUGUCCCCUUUUUAAUUUUCUAAGCUGCCUUCAAAAUGACUCUCGAAGUGGAAAACACUUGGAUUGUACAGACUCCUCUUUGGGGGGUGGAGGUGGGGAUUGCGUGUUCCAGCCCCACUCCAGCUCCGCACAUUCCUUCUCCUAAGAUACUACUUUCUUCCUGACAAUAGGCCCUGCAGUCUUUUUGUACUGGUACUAACGUCUUUUUAUCCCAUGUGUGAUUACUUUUUUCUUUUUCUAUAAAAGCUAAACUAAUCUUCAUGCAACAUUUCCUAAAGGCCAUGGCCAGUUUUCUACAGAAGCUAUUUUUGACAACCUCAAGUGGCAUUACAUUUUGCGGUGACGUAGAGGAACCCACGGGGAGCUCACAAGUUAGAUUUCUCGAGGGCCUUCUGUUGGAAGCAGGAGAAGGGGGCCGGGAGGUUAGUGUCUAAAGUUCCCCCUGAAUGCCUGCUGGGUCAGCUGUGCUGCGCUGGUUCUUUGGAAGUGUUGAGAACUUUGUUCAGUGUUGAUCUUGAACUUAAAGAGCAGAAUGGGAGUCAGUAGCAAGGCAGUCAUACUGUAAGCAGUAAGUAACAAGAUUUGGUUCCUAGUUUAUCCUGUACUACUGAAAAAUACAUGUCAGCGACAACUGUUUUCUGUAUUAUACCAAUCUUGAAUGGAAACAUUUCUGUAAAAUUGUACCUUUUAAAAGACUAAAAAGUGUUUGGGUUAGUAAUGGUUUGGAGAAGUACAGUAUUGCAUGUGUUUGUAUGUACUGGUUGUGGUUCACAGAUUGGGAGGGCUCUGAGAAGCAGAGUACUAAGUCAAAAUUGUUUAGGUAUUUCUUACCAGUAAAAAUUAAAAUAAUUUUACGGAAAUGGCUUGUGCUUUGAAAAGCCCAGUUUUAUUCUGUCUUAUGAAACUAAUUUCCAUUUUGAAAGUUGUUCUGUUGUCCUUGGUAUAAUAAAUGAAUGGAAUAUAAAGAUACCCUCCUUCUAGGAGACGAAGCAUUUCCUUAAAAUGUUUGCUAGGUUAAACUGUGCUGUUCUAUUGAUGGUUGUUUUGAAUUAUUAAUGAGAACUAUAAUUUAAAUAAUAUUUCUUUGUUAGAUGUUACUCUUAAAUUGAAAGACAAUUCUGCAAGUACUAUAUAAUAUUUUUUGCUUAUAAUGCUACAUUUUUAUUAAUGUACCUUCCAUUUUGAGGAUUUAUAUCUGUAUUUCUCUUUGCAUUAUACAAAUAUACCAGUAUUUUCAUUCUGGA